ACCACAAGCAUACUCCUCCUUUGAAAGCACUAGCUGUAAUUUGACUGUAUCUUUAAUUUCACCAAACAGAAGGUCUGUGAUUCUGAGGGGCUCUGUGAUUCUUCUGAUCAAGAGAGAAUGGGACAGGAUUUGAUUUAAAGGAAAACAGUCGGGGGUAUUGCAGUCGCUCCCAAAGUAUCUCCGAUAAUGGAGGUGGAUUCAGAGGAGGACGAUGAAGACCCAGUUCCAGCUCCAAGUGCAGGACGUAUAUUUAACAUCAACAACAGCAACAACAAUGAGGAGUAAUCAAAGAUCAUUUGAUCUAUAAUAUAAUACAAAUUAUAUUAUUUAUAUGAAUGCGUAUUGGUGGCAAUACUAUUUUUCUCUCCAUAUAGGGAAGACAAGAAGAAAAAGAAAAAGGAGAAAAAAGAAAAGAAGGAGAAAAAAGAGUAGGUAGCACACUAAUCUUAUUCGAAACAUUCUAGUUAUAAAUAAUGUCUGUAUAAACCUUUCUGUUGUUCUGUAGGAAAAAAGAAAAGAAAGAAAAGAAAGAAAAAAAAGAGAAGAAAGAAAAGGAUGAAAAAGAAAAAGAAAAUGAGAAAGCGAAAGAAAAGGAAAAGGAAAAGGAGAAAGAAAAGGAAAAGGAAAAGGAAAAGGAGAAGGAAAAGGAGAAAGAAAAAGAAAAAAAGGAGGGGUUGGUAUCUGGAUUUUUUCAGUCAUUUCUAAUCUGAGAUUUUCAAAAGUUCAAAGUAUCACAACUGAUUACUGUUCAUGUCAACUUCAUUUUUUUCAAGGCCCAAGGAGGUGUUUGUGAUUAACCCAGCGGGACUCCUGUAUUAUCAAUGGCUGCUUAUAAUCACAAUUCCCGUCAUGUACAAUUGGACAGUUAUAAUUGCAAGAGCCUGCUUUGAGGAACUGCAGCAUGAGUAUCUACUGAUAUGGUUCCUCCUGGACUACACCUCCGAUUUGCUUUAUUUGGCUGACAUGGCCUUCAGAUCACGAACAGGGUACCUGGAACAAGGCUUGCUUAUCAAAGAUGAAAAGCUCCUUCGCCAGCGGUACACCAGCAGUCUCCAGUUCCGCAUCGAUGUCAUCUCCAUGCUACCCACGGAUAUCUUCUACUUCGUUUUAGGGUUAGACUACCCAGAGAUCCGCAUAAACAAGUUGCUCCGCCUGAACCGCAUGUUUGAGUUCUUCACCAUCUCAGAAACCAUGACCAACUACCCCAACAUCUUCCGAAUCUGCACUUUGGUCAUGUACAUCAUCAUCAUCAUCCACUGGAACGCAUGCCUCUACUUCUCCUUCUCCAAGUUAAUUGGGUUCGGAUCAGAUGCAUGGGUGUACCCUGCUCUCACCGAACCAGAGUUCGGAGAGCUGAUGCGAAAAUAUUCCUUCAGCCUCUACUGGUCUACGCUCACCCUCACUACUAUCGGAGAGACGCCAUCUCCGGAGCUAGACUCUGAAUUCCUCUUCCACGUAGUUGACUUCCUGGUGGGCGUAUUGAUCUUUGCCACCAUUGUAGGUAACAUUGCUACAAUGAUCUCAAAUAUGAACGCAGCCCAGGCUCAGUUCCAGGCCAGGAUCGACAACAUUAAGCAGUACAUGCAUGCGCGACAUGUCAGCAAGGACCUUGAGAAGCGUGUCAUCAAGUGGUUUGACUACCUGUGGACUAACAAGAAGGCACAAGAUGAAAGAGAGGUGCUGAGGUACUUGCCAGACAAAUUACGGGCAGAGUUAGGCAUGAACGUGCAUUUAGAGACCCUCAUGAAGGUGCGGAUCUUUGCCGACUGUGAGGCAGGGUUGCUGAUCGAGUUAGUGUUGAAGCUUCGCCCUGUAGUCUUCAGUCCCGAUGACUACAUCUGCCGCAAGGGUGAUAUCGGGCGGGAGAUGUACAUCAUAAAGGAAGGCAAACUUGCUGUGGUGGCCGAUGAUGGCAUCACUCAGUUUGUCGUCCUUGGCGAUGGAAGCUACUUUGGUGAAAUUAGCAUUCUAAACAUCAAGGGCAGCAAGGCUGGGAACCGCAGGACAGCAAAUAUUAAAAGCAUAGGGUACUCAGACCUCUUCUGCUUGUCCAAAGAUGAUCUGAUGGAAGCUCUGACGGAAUAUCCUGAUGCUAAAGCUAUGCUGGAAGAGAAAGGGAGACAGAUUCUGCUGAAGGAUGGUCUGCUGGAGCUGGACCCUGCGAAACUAAAGCCAGACGAGAGAGACUUGGAGGACCGCGUAAACCGAAUAUACAGCACAAUGCAGUUGAUGCAGACCAAGGUAAACAAGCUGCUGGCGGAACAGGAGGAGACACAGAAGAAUAUCAAACGUCGAAUUGCUCAGAUAGAGCGUCUGGCUGGGGAAGUGGUGGAGGAUGAAGAUGAAGAGGAGGAGAAGGAAAAGAAGGAAGAAACCCAGGAGGAGAAGAAAGAAGAAGAGCCAGAGAAAGAGAAGACAGAAGAAGACAAGGAAAAGACGGAAGAAAAAGAGGAGGAAAAGAUCGAAGAAGAGACCGAAGAGAAAAAGAAAGAUGAGGAGUCAUAGGAUAAGACUUGGAUGAAAAUCACAGAUGAAGAAAUCUAAACACUAAUACAUUCAAAUUAAAAUCAAAAACUUGUUCUUAACUCUUGUUCUUAGUAACACUAAUUUGUUUAUCCAAU